AUGUCAAAAUACACGGAAGAUGCGCCUGGGCAGCAGGUGUCCUCGAAAAGCCCUCCGUAUCAUUCGUCCCAAGAUCGAACCCUGGUGGACAGACAGCGCGACAACAGAGACAAAACCGAAACGAAUGCACACCCAGCCAUUGCAGGGGUAAAUGCAACAAAUCAGCCGAAUCCCUCGAUCGCCAGGAGUAUGUCUCGAUACCGGCGCAACCGACCUUCUGCAGCUUCAGCGACGCCUCCCACGCCUGCGCUGCCUAGUCGCGUAAAGGCUCAGUGUGCGCCUGCUCUGCCAAGCAGUGCCAAGCCGGCGCUGGGGGCGGAGGAAGAACGGGCAAGAGAACAACACAGGCAAAAUGCGAUGGCGCAGUUGACAGGAGCACCUGUUCCUACUCAGGCACUCCCAUCACAGUCUGCAAAGGCAGCGAGAGAAGUUCAAUCGGGGAAGGCGCUUCACAAAGAUCCACCCGCGACGACAUCAUCGCGACCUGUUCAGUCAAGCCGACACAAAGCGGAUGCCCCACCCUCCUCCAGUGAUAGCAACCGCAAGUCCCUGCUACAAAAGGUCGGGCUGUCCAAGUCGAAACUGUCCCAAGACCAUACCAAAGAGUCUGCUAGCUCCGCCUCGUCAAAGCCCAAUUACAUCGGAGUUGGAGGUGGCGGUAUUGUCCCUGGCACUGAUGCGCCAGUCUCCGCUGUGAAUGCGGGUGAGCGUUUAGUGCUUGUCAAGUUUGGCGAUGCCAGUGCACAGUUGCCCGUGACUCCUUUCACCCAGGUGCAAGAUCUGCUACAGGCUGCUACUCGACAAAUUUCUCGUGACAUUAAUCCCGACACCUUCAUCUUGAUCGAGUCUUUCCAACAGAUCGGUCUGGAACGACCCUUGCGCCAGUAUGAGCGUAUCCGAGAUGUCAUGAACUCCUGGGCCCUAGAUACUGACGGGAGCCUCAUUAUCGUACCGCCUUCAAGCAUGGAGGCUAUCGCCCAGCUCGAGGCGCAAAGCGUUCCUACUGAGAAGCCUACGGAGACCACGGUCUACUGCUACUACUCUCACCGACCUCGCAAGUGGGAUAAAAGAUACGUCACUCUCCGCACCGAUGGACAAGUGACAAUUUCCAAGAAAGAGAACUUGAAAGAUGCCACUAACAUCUGCCACCUUUCGGACUUUGACAUCUACACCCCUAGCGCUCAAUCACCUGCAAAGGAGAUCAAACCCCCUAAGAAAAUCUGCGUUGCAAUCAAGAGUCAGGAGAAAUCGUCCAUGUUCCUUUCGACUGACAACUUUGUGCACUUCUUCAGCACUAAUGACCGUGCCGUUGCGGACAAGUGGCACAAAGCUGUUCAGAGCUGGCGAAGCUGGUAUCUGGUGAAUAAGGUGGGUGUUGCGAAUCCAGUGAAAGCGGCGGAUGAGACGGAUCGGAAGGCUUCUCUGGUACAAUCGGUGACGAGGACAAUUCCACAACCGCAAGGCGUAUCUUCCGAUAUACCUCGGUUGGAUCGUCAAAACAGUGAGCCAGAGCCCACGCGCCGGUCUGUUGAGCGUGCCCGAAAGGAAGCGUCCGUUCCUCGCAGAAAGACCACCCGCGAGCAUAGACCUCCCCCAAGCUCGUUCCCAAAGACCCUUGCCAUCGACACCAACACGAGUCAUCAUCGUCAUGACAGGUCUCCCACCGAAGAGACGUUGGACUCUGUCUUCACGUCAUCUGGCCUAUUGGGUAGGACGUACACCCAGCGACAACAGGCGAUGCAUGAGCGAGAAGAGAGAGAGAAGCGAGCGAAGCAAGACCCUUUUGCUGCUCAGGGUCUGGUUUCAGGCAGCCCCGUGUACUCUCCAAUUGCACAGCCGAGUAGCCGCACUAAUACGCUCACCCAAGCAGAUGCGGCUGCCCACUUGGGGCGUACAAUGUCCCUCAACCAGGGUCAGAAGCCGUUGGUGGACUUGACACCGGUCUUUGUGGAGCCACCGCAGCACACUCGCAAAGGGCGUGGUGUGACCGUUGAACCUGGCCGGCAGCUGAUCGAUGCUGCCACCGGUCCCGAGCUGACGCCUGGUACGGUGAACGUCCCUCCGGCUACGGCCUGGCGACGACCUGCUGCCGAAGUCACUUCGCAGAGUCGGUACCGGUCGAAUACCAUGCGGAGCGGGCGACAGGUCUCGGCACAGGUUCAGUACCCAGGCGCCAGCUCAGUGGGAGCCAGCCCGACUUCGCCAGUCGGCCCAUUCGUGGCGAACAGCUUGCUUGCGGCAUCGAGCCGCAACAUGGCCAGUCACCAGGUGCAGAGCAGAGCACCUGGGGGACAUGGCGUUGCGACGGGUGACCGCAAUGCAACCCGUCCGCUGAUCGAUAUGUCGGGCGAGAACCCCUUUGCGGAAGGCAGUCUGCUGCGGAAGCUGUGA